UUAAGUAUUCUCUUUCCAUGAGAUGAGCCGAAUGAAGGCUGUGUUGAUUCGGGCCGAAUUUACAAAUGUGAAAUUACAUGUUUGUUACAAUACCGUAACAGCCACCAACAACAGGUAUAUAUAGGUGGGAGAGGUAGGCAAUCAGCAAUAAGGUAGUCAAACACGCCCUCAAGUCACCUCUUUUACCAUAGUCUUCAAAAUGGCGCAAGAAAAUUGCCCUUCUCUGCCCAUCAUCGACAUCGAUCGGUAUAUCCAUCCGACUUCCCUCGACGAGCGAGAUGCCGUCAUUGCAGAGGUCCGGGAGGCAUGCCAGAAAUUCGGUUUCUUCCAGGUGAAGGGCCACGGAGUAUCACAGGAGGCGCAGAAGGGUUUGUUGCAAGGACUGAGUAACUUCUUCAGCCUUCCGAAGGAGGACAAGGUCAAGCUGUCGUUCCUUCAAAACCCCUGUCGUCGUGGAUAUGAGGCGUCAGGAAUGACUCUUCGCGAAGGAGAUGCCCUGCCCGACUCAAAGGAGGCUUUCUAUAUUGGUCGCGAGGAGCCGGUCGUUGAGCCGCCCGGAUUCCAUGGCCCCAACGUGUGGCCGGACCUUCCCCAGGAUCAGUUCAAACAACCGAUCUCGGAAUACUACGAGCAGACGUCGCAGCUGGGUAAGAUCAUCUGGGAAAUCCUUCUGCAGGGUCUGGGCUUCUCCACCACCCUGAUGGAAGGGUUUACCAAGCGGCCAAUUAUCAUGAUGAAGAUGAUCCGGUACCCAUCUACCGGUGCCACCUUGCCGGGCCAGUUUGGCGUCGGUGCUCACAACGACUUUGGAGGCGUGACUGUCCUGCUUCAACAGCCAGAGAGAGAGGGUCUGGAGGUAUGGCACGAGGAGUCGGAAGAUUGGCUGCCGGUUCCCUCCAUUGAGGAUGUGUUGGUCAUCAACUGCGGAGAUAUGAUUCAGAAGUGGUCUGACGGCGUAUACAAAAGCGCGAGACACAGGGUGAUCAACAAGGCGGAUUUGGAGCGGUUUUCCUGUGCCACAUUUUGGCAUGGUGACUUUUCCGCCACCAAUCCUUUGAAUCCCAAUGAUCCUAACAAGGAUACUGUCGGCCAACUUCUCCUGCGGCGUUUUGGCAGCCAGUUUUCUCUUUCGAAGGAGACUCUUGCCGCUGCGCAUUAGAAUUAUUAGCCUUCGUUUUGUGGAAAUGGACACCCGUCAGGGUGUCUCGGGAAAUUGCCUGUUUUUAG